AUAAAUAAAUUGUAAUAUUAUACGUUACAAUAAUUAUGUUCCUCGAAGAAGUUAAAACCGAAUGUACGUAUUUUUGUUACAGAACGAUCGCUGACCUUUCCAACGCCAAAAAUAACAGUUCUACCGAGUACGCGGAUACCAAUAAACAGAUUCUGACCACCAGUCUGACGUGUCACUAUGCUGCAGUGAUGGACGGCGAGGGCACGCUGGGCCGCGGUCACGGGAACGGGGGCCGUGGGCUGCGCCGUCAACGGUCCCUAGAAUGGAGAGAGAGGCGCGGUUACGGCGCACUCGAGCGUUUACAUCACGAACUAUUCGAUACCAGUCGUAAGAAAGAAAAAGGAUACGAUAUGGCUUUCUGGAACGAGAACACUCAAGGGACCGGUGGAAAUCCGAACGAAAAACCAAUAAAUCACGUUGUGUUUAACGAACCUUCAUGUUUCUAUGCACACCCUUGGGAAUAA